CUUUUUUGGGCACGCCGGACUCGCCGGCGGAAGAACCCGUGCACAGAAUUAGGGCCGGCUUCGGAAAUUACCGAUUUCAGUGAGGGCAGGAAGGCCAUUUCGCAUUGUCGAAACGAUGACGUGGUAGCGCAGUUUAAACGCGGCGCUUGAGGGCUUCCGAAGUUCCGCGACCGGUCCGCAGCGAAGCGAGAGGGAGACAUCGCCCUUACACCCCAGCUCUCCAAAAGGAGGAGGAGGAGAAGGACGGCCAUGGCGGAGGCUGACGAGUGCAAGUCAAAAGCCACCGCCGCCUCUCCCGCGCCCUCGGCUGGAAACCCUACGCCCGCGGCCGCGGCGGCGAAGUCCCCCAAAUCACGAGAGGAGGGAGAGCUCUCCUCCGGCGAGGACGUGGAAUUGCCAACUUGUUCAGCUGCUCCAUUUGCCAGCACAAUGUUGAUAGAGCCUGUUCAUAGCUUGUCACAAAGUAGUCUUGCUAAAAGUUUCAAAAGCGGUAGUAGUUUGAGCCUAGCUAAUAGGCAACUUCAGACAUUGAAAACACGAAAUUAUAGUAAAAAUUUUAAGGCGAAACAUUUGCCAUUUGAGUCCAGGAACAGCCGAACUUUUUCUUGGCAAAAGAAAGGGUCUGAUGAUAACCUUGUGAUAAGCUUUUCAGAUGAUGACAGUGGAAGUGACUCUGGAGAGUCUAAAACAGAAACAACUGCAGAAAGAAAAGAUAAUGCAAUAAGAAGAGAUAAAUAUAAAAUGUCGAUGACACAAUUGCAGAUACGACCAAAAGUACCCCAGCCGGCAACAAAUCAACUGGUGUCAAAGAAAGGAUCUGUAAGCCGUGCAUCCAGCUCAUCUUAUGCCAAAAACAGUAAUGCCAGUUUUAGGCAUCCAGUAGCCUCUUCAGCUGCCAAGGAUUCUCGCACUCAAAUGCAUAUUGCUGCCACUAGGACUUCCGCAAGCCAGGCACAUGGGCAUGUUCGAGAUAUGAAUUUAGCAGAUCACAGCUUGGAAACUUUACGCCAUGAAAUUGCUAUACGAGAAAAUGAACUUGCUCAGAAGAAAUCAGUGAUUCAAAAUAAAGAAAGAGUUACAGGUUCUCAAGAUGAUCAGUGGGAGCAGCAUAACCGGAAAGUGGACAAUCAGGUAGCUCAUCACAGCAGACCUGCAUCUGCUAACUCUGGAGAGUUGGCACCUAAUGAGCGACCAGUUAAACGUCUGAAGCUUAAUGAACACUUUAAUGGUAACCAAGUUUCUGAUGGCCAAUUACGAAUGCAGAUAUCUUCUACCAAAUUUUCUGACCUCAGGAGUCAACUAAUGGAAAAAAGUAGUUGGCCCAAAGACAAAAGUAACGGGCAUGAAAGCGGCAAAGGGAAUUCUAUAAGCAGAAGUGAUAAGGGACGGCAUGAAUCUAACACAUAUGUCCCUACAUCAUCUAAAGUUCUGCGUACAAGGCUGGAAGAUAAUGAAAAUAUGGUGCCUGUUUGCAAGACUGAGCCCUCUAUGGUGCGUAAUAUUGGGAUGCCUUCGAAGCAAGUGAAUAAUAGCAUUGUUGCUGGUGAUAUCUCUUGUAGUUAUGGUCAGUUUGAGAAGGAGACUAUUCCUGUGGAUGCUUGUACAUUGUUAAACCAAAGCGCAUCCUUGGCGCAAGUGACACCUGGUGUUGAGAGCACCGAAGUUCAAAAGCAUGUCGGUGUUUCAAGGGGGCUUGGUGCUUCCGAUCUGUUUCCAAACAAUCCAGCAUCUUCUAGUAUAGCUAAUGGUGGUCUUAUAAUGCCUUUGGAAACACCCAGCAAUCCUCUUGACAAGUUUUCGAGCCUUGUUCCAGAUAGUAAAUUAAGUAUUGGUGAGGAUACGAAUAGCAGGGGUUCAGCUCAGAUGGGCAUUUUGGGAGAGGAGGGUGUGAACUUGCAAUCUUUAUUGGAGUUGGAGGAGCUACACGACAAGGAGUUGGAAGAGGCACAGGAGCUUAGACGCAGAUGUGAACUCGAAGAAAGGCAUGCACUAAAAGCUCAUCGCAAGGCUCAAAGAGCUCUGAUUGAUGCCAAUGAAAGAUGUGCAGCUCUUUAUCAGAAAAGAGAACUGUUCUCUGCCAGACUUCAAGGUUUGCUAAUGGAGGCUUCUAGUUUUAUGUGGCCUUCCAGAUGGCAAGAUCAUAGAACACUCUUUGAUUCUGUAAAAUCUGUUCCUAAGCAUAGCUCUGAUAUGUUAUCUGGAUUAGACCAUCAGAUACCAGCUGAGAGCCAGAUAUUAGAACAGUUGGGAUGUAAGUCUAUCAUUCAAAGCCCAGAUGGUGCUCCACUUGAAGCAUCUUAUCAGCAGAUGAAUGGGCAUGAUUCAGGUGAUGAUCAAUGCUGUGAACCUGAUGCUAGUACAUCAGACCCUAAAGAAAACAGUGCUGUGAAUGAUAUCUGCACUCCUGCCUACCCUCCCCAUAUAUAUACAGAUGAUGAUGAAGAAAAUUUUCCUUCCGAUAACAGAUCUGCUGAAUCAAGAUUAGCAUGUGAAAGUAAAAUGGGAAAGUUUGAAGAAGAAAAUACAAAUAUAGAUAUUGAAAAGGAAAGAUUAUUUGCUAGCGAGAAUGCACAGGACUAUGAGCUUCUUGAAGCUUCUUUAAGGUCCAAACUGGUUGCACGAUUUGGUAUGAGAACAUCAUCCAAGAGUAAUAUGAGUAAUGCAGUAUGCCAUGUUGAUAAAGCUCGCGGCAAUACUCUUGAAAAUGAGAUAUCAUCUGCUUUUCUUGACCAGCAUAUGCAUGGAAAAGACAAAAAUCACAUGUCAAGUUCUGAAGGUAUUGAAAGGCCUGGAAAAAGCAGCAGACAGCAUUGUGCACAGCCCUUUUGCCAGACUCAGGGCAAUAAUUUUUCCUUCAAUGAUGAGUCUCAUAGGAAUACCGAUCCUGAACAAAGCAAUUUAUUUCCAAAACAAUCUUGUACCACAACUUGCGGACCUGUUUUUUCCUUACCUUCAUCAGAUCUGCAUAAUGUGUCCAGACAUUCAAAGUUAAUACUGCCUGGGCGCUGCAGCGGAUUCACAACAAUAAAAGAUAAAGAUGAUAUGUCAAGGGAUGCCAACUUUGAAGUCAUGGUUAGUGUGCCAGAUAUUGUAGGAGAGUAUACUAUAGGAUAUAGCAUGAGAUUCCCGGUAGCAAGCAAACUAGGUGAUGACAUGAAUGAUUUUGCACUUGAUCCCUUCUGGCCUUUUUGCAUGUUUGAGCUCCGAGGAAAAUGUAAUGAUGAUGAAUGCCCGUGGCAGCAUGUCAGAAACUGCACGCAGAGAAAGUUAAAGCAACACCGUUGUUCAUCUUCCCCUACUUCAGAUAAUCACCUUGAUCAUCUGUCGAUUGCUGAAAAAUCUAAUAAUGAAAAUGAAUCUUUUCACAAUCUCUUCCAGCACCUUCUGCCUAUUCCAGUGUAUCAUAUUGGUUCAAAUCUUGUAAAAGUCGACUCUCAUUUAUCUCAGACGGUUCUUGCUCGUAGCAACUGGCAAUAUUGGCAAAGGGGGUUCUGUGCUUCCUUCCCUUUACCAGUUUCUGUUCGAAGAAUUCUCCCUCCAGAUGCACUAUUCUUGCAAACUGGUGAUGGUCCCGUUGCAGAUCAUGAUAAUUGGAGCAGACAUUCUUUAUAUUUUCAAAGCCAAGAUAGCACAAUGAAGACAUUCAUACAAGGGUUGCCUGAUUCUGAACAAUCCUUGGAGUUGGCGCUUGAUUAUUUUUGUGGAAGUGUUUAUAAACCAGACAGGAAGAAGGCUCUCAUGCUGUUAUCCCGAGCCAUUGAAGCUGAACCCAAUUCUGUAGUCCUUUGGGUUGUUUAUUUGCAUAUUUACUAUAGGAAGGAGAGCGGCAUUGGGAAAGAUGACAUGUUUUUUCAUGCGGUGCAACACAAUGAAUGUUCAUAUGAGCUGUGGCUUUUGUAUAUUAAUAGUCGGGUACAGCUUGGGGAACGACUGAAUGCAUAUCAUGAUGCUUUGAGCAUAUUCUGCCACAGGACAGUGACAUGCCAUGAGGAAACAAAAUAUAAAAGUGCAUGCAUUUUAGACAUUUUCUUGCAGAUGAUUGAUUUCUUAUGCAUGUCUGGAAAUUUGGAGAAGGCCAUUUGGAAAAUCUAUGAACUUCUUCCUACAACCAGUUCUGAAUACUCUGGGGACACAUUGCUUUCAGACGUCCCCUCUUACCUGGUAGUAUCUGACAAAUGUAUAUUUUGGAUUUGUUGUAUAUAUCUAGUAAUCUACAGGAAACUUCCGGAGGCAGUUAUACAACAAUUUGAGUUUGAGAAAGAUCUGCCAUUUAGGAUCCAAUGGCCUUCUGCUCAUUUAACAACUGAUAGGAAAGAGAGGACAAGAGAAUUGGUGAAAUUUGCUGUGGAUAAGGUGACUUCGGAUAUUGAUGAAAACCCUCAAAAAAGAGAUCAAUCUGCUCUUAGAGCUUUGCACUUCUUUGCUAUUAGCCACAUUAGAUGUGUAGCGACACUUGAUGGCUUACAUUGUUCCGCUGAUUUGUUGGUCAAGUACAUGAAAUUAUAUCCAACCUGCAUUGAACUAGUUCUGAUGUCGGCUCGAAUACAGGAAAAUUGUACAGCAGAUGUGGUUUUGGGAGGUUUUGAGGAGGUAGUGUCUAAUUGGCCAAAAGAAGUCCCUGGCAUUCAGUGUCUUUGGAAUCAAUAUGUUGAACAUGCUAUAGCUCAUGGAAGAAUCGAGCUUGCAGAACAGCUGAUUACCUGCUGGUUUCAAUGUUUUUGGGAAGUUAAAGAUCUGCCAUGUAGAAAUUUAGAAGGUAGAGAUGAUGGUUCAUGUAGUUCGCCUGCUCUGCCAUCACAUGUAGAGUCUGAAGGUGACGGCCAUGCUAACUUGGAAGAUGAUAUUUAUGGCCAUCUAAAUCUCUCUGUGUAUAGAAUGCUCCAAAAAAAUCUAGCAGAAGCUCGCCUUGCUGUUGAUGAAGCAUUGAAGCUGGCUUCUCCUGAAUAUUUUGAACACUGUGUAAGAGAGCAUGCAGCAUUAAAUCUGGUGAUUGAGUCAGAGUCUCAAAAAAAAGGUUCAAGUGAAGUCAUGUUGGAUCUUCUAAGUGGUUACUUAGGAGAUUCAUGCUAUUUGCGCAAGUCAGAACCACUGUCAAGAAGGUACUACCAAAGCAUAAGGAAACCUAGAAUUCGACAGUUGAUAGAUGGCAUUCUGGGUCCAGUUUCUCUGGACUUUUCUCUAGUGAAUUCUGUUCUUGAAGUGUGUAAUGGCCCAUCACUUAUUCCAGAAAGGGCUGAUGAACCCAAGGAUCUCGUCAAUUUUGUUGAAUCACUAAUGGAAAUUGUGCCAGCAAACUAUCAGUUGGCUUUGGUGGUGUACAGAUUUACAGCUAGAAGUUUCAGUGGCCCUGAUGUUGCAUCAGAUGGCAUUAUGUUUUGGGCAAGCACUGUUUUGGUUAAUUCAAUAAUUCAGGCAGUCCCGGUGGCACCAGAAACAAUAUGGCUAGAAGCAGCUAAUCUCUUACAAAAUUCAGAAACCUGGGGAAUUUCCAAAAGGUUCCAUGAGCAUGCUAUAUCGGUAUAUCCUUUCUCUACUAAAUUGUGGCAGUCCUAUCUUAAUCUCUUUAAAACAUCUGGGAAUGUAGAUGCAAUAGCAGAAGCUGCAAGAGAAAGAGGUGUUGAACUAAGCCAAAUUCCAGAUUAGUUAGGCUUCAUAGAGUUUCGUGUACAAAGCCCUGGCUAUCUGAAAUCUGCCACUGAAAUUGUUCAUGACGAGCCAUAAUCAUGGUGCUGUACAAGUUAUCUGGCCUCAUCUUUUAUUCUUACCUGAUAAAGAUCUGUUAUGUUGUACUAGCAAUAACUCAGAAAAAUUGUCCAAGAACUUUCUUGAAUCCCUCUUUAAUGGACCAGCACUAAUUUUUCAUAAGUGCGGUUUUUGGGAUGCCAGCAGUAGAAAGAGGACAUCAAGGCAGGAUGAGUUCAUUCUUGAAUCCACCCCGGCACCUCACUACCCCCCUUGCAUUUGUUGAAGUAGAUGAUACAAUGCCAGUAAGUGGCAUGCAAUUUUUGUUACCAAAGCUAUAGUUUUCUUUUGGUUUUUAGUUUGAAAUGUACAUGUCAAAGGGCGUAAUUUUGUCUUUAUUCUGGAGCAAUUUUGUGCCAUUUAAAUACUGGAAAAUGUCAAUAUAGAUUAAUGUUCCUUUAUAAGCAUUAUACCUGAUUUCAUAUGUUCCUUGAUGGUUGUAUUGUUUUGGUCUGCUUCAAUAUUUGGCAAAAGUCAUUUAGUUUUGGUCCAAUUUGACCAUGCUUGUCUCAUAUGCACAAACUUUCUUGCCUUUUCUCAAUUUGGAAGGCACCACUACCACAAAUAUGAUGAUUCUUCAAUGAUGUGAUGAACUUUUUUCAAGAUAUUUUUCAGCAAGUUCUUUGGCAAUGAGUACCUUACCAAUAAGAUGAUGAAAAGAAAAAAGUUCUUGUGCAUAGAUUUUUUCCCUGAAUAUAUAGCAACCGCAUUUGUUCAUCCUGGCAGCCUUCCUCUGUUCUCUAACUGGAGACAUUGCCCAUGUUACCAUAUUAGCCUGGCUUGAUAAAUUUGUGAAUUUCCACGUAAAGAUUUCUUCAUAUAGCUGUUGGAGAGCAACUUGUGUUGCAACAUGGUGCAAUUUGUUCUAUGGAUUGCUUUUACAUUAUCAUGAUCUCCCCUACAUUGUAACCUAGAAUAGCUGGUUUGCCUGGUUGUGGAAUCAUAUAUUAUGUUCUAUAAAUCAGUUUGUAUUUUUUUUUCACAUUUUUUGUUGCCAUGCUAUGCAUUCAUGUAUGCAAGUGGUGUUGGCCUUAUCAUUCAGUAAAUGAAUGGAUGCGGAUGGCUUAUGCAUCAGUGGACAAGGUUGAUGGAGCCUUUGCUAGUAUGUGUAUAUUUCAUACAAUUAUGGAAGUGGAUGGCUUAUGCAUCAGUGGACAAGGUUGAUGGAGCCUUUGCUAGUAUGCGAUUGCUUCAUACAAAUUAUGGAAGUUAAAAAAUAGCUUGGUCAGCCUCGGCAUCUAUGUGCCAUGUUGAUGGUUAUUGCUAUAUACAGUACUAGCAUAAACUGGCUGAAAAUCGUUUGUGGAUUGAAAAAUCAUCCAAGGAGAAGUGGAUACUGAAGAAAGUGGAAGACGACUACUAGUCCAUGGUUAGAAAGCUGUAGUCAUCCUUGAUCGUCUAUCAACUAUUCGACUUCCUGACAAUAUUUGUACGGAAACUGGUUUUCCUCUACUACGAAAGGAUUCAAGGCUUUGCAUUUAUUUUAAGCAACCUGUUGAUGCAUGUUAAGUUUUUUGUUCUUUUUGGUUUUGUUUCUUAUCUCCUUUCUGCAUUUACCCUUGCAAAGCUAUCGUCUACACCUGUGGAGUCUUUGGGAUUGCAGGUUUAAGCUAUCUAGGAGAAAAG